AUGAAGGUCAUCAUCGACUGGGUGGCCAACCACACGUCGUGGGACUCGCACCUGAUCGAGAACCGGCCUCAUUUCUUCAAGCGCGGAAGACGGAAGAAGACGGCCGAACUUGUCGAGCGAGCUGACAACGAAGUCGUGGGAGGUGAGGCCGGCCUUCUUCUCGACGACAAGGAGGUGACGAUCGACGACGUCCGUGAGAAGAUCCGAAGGGAGCGGGAAGGACUCGACAACGAGGUGAGUGCUGAUGAGGAAGAAAUGGCGGACCUCGAGGAGGAGGUGAUCCUGCCGCCGAUGGAGGCCUGGUGGGACGUGGCCGCACUCGACUACGGCCUCUCCGACUCGGACGAUGAAGACUUCGAGCCCAGCUACGCUGACGUCGCAGAUGAAUUCCUCCCCAUUCCCGAGUCAACGCACCAGGUUGUCGACAACCUGGUGGAAAUCGCGAUUCCUGUCGAUGGAACCCCGACAAGGCCUGGAAAGAAGCGGCAGAAGAAGAAGACUGAGGCGCAGCGGGCGCUGGGCGACUACAUGGCGGGCGUGAUGAAGAGCUGGGUGCGGGAUUUCGACAUCGAUGGCUUCCGGUGCGACGUGAGCGAGAUGGUGCCCACCUUCUUCUGGCGGCGCGUCGUGCGCGAGAUCAAGCGCGAGGUCAAGCCCGACAUCCUGAUGAUCUCCGAGGGCACCCUGCCCGAGCAUCACGUCGGCGCGUUCGACCUCACCUACGCCUGGACCACCUACGACGCCCUCACCGCCAUCGUUCGACGCCAGCAGCCCGCCAGCCACCUACACGACGUCCUCCAGGCCGAAGCUCAGGAGUACCCGGAGGGCACGCUACGGAUGAGAUUCAUCACCAACCACGACAAGAACUUCACCGACGGAUCGCCUCUGGAGCACUUUGGCGGCGCGCCGGCGGCGCUGGCCACAUCGGCCUUCAUCUUCACCGCGGGCGGCUACGGCUCCAUCCGCUCCGUGCCCAUGCUGUACAACGGAGACGAGGUAGCCAACACGCUGCGAUUGAGCCUCUUCGACAAGACGGUCAUCCCAUGGGCCGACCUGGCCGCGUCUGACAUCGGCCAACGCUUCCGCCGCCACUACGCCCAACUCAUCGGCCUGCGGCGCCGCUGGCCCGCCGUGUUCGUCGACGGCACCAUGCACCGGGCCACCACCAGCCACGACGACCAAGUCUUUGCAUUCGUGCGCACGUCGCCCGCCGCCGACAGUGAAGAGGCCCUCGUGGUGGUAAAUCUGAGCGAUCAGGCCAUCGGCGGCCUGGAGGUGCGCCUGCCGCAUCAACACCCACCGGGCACGCAGGUGGUCGACAGGUAUGAUGCGGGCGCGGACGACCAGGCACAGGCCCACACUCAGGCCGAGCUGCAGGUGGACCACACAGGUCAACACGUCGUCAUCCCUUCCACGCCCCCGCACGGGUUUAGAAUCCUCGGGCUCGAGAACAAGAGCGACUUUUAG